GGAACGGCAACAAUUAACGCCUACUUGAUUUAUAAGGAAAAUUAUGAUACAAGUCAUGUGACCAUGCUACAGUUUUGUGAAUCUUGUACGAUCGUUACAUCUUAGUACGUCAUUUGAGAUGCUGAAACUUGGUAUGAAGCAACAAUCAACAAGUAAUUCGAAGUGUAAACUAGUUGAUCAUAAGCUUGCAGAAAAAGAAGAAUUUGCGCCUAAUGUUCGCAGACACUGUAGACUGCUUUGAGAAAGGAAAGGAAAGGGACUACAAUCAAGAGAAAAGAGCUAUGUGGCAGCAAAGAGAAUAAAAAUCUUUUGUUCUGACUGUAAUUAAUUGUUUUAUCUUGAUUGUUUUAAUAAAAAAUAUCAUGCUAUGGAAUAAAAGAAUCAAAAAACAUAUCCAGGGUUGAGCAGAAUUCACAUUGUGUUUAACCUCUUGCCUAAGAAAAAAGCAAAAGAAAGUGCUUUUCUAUAUAGUUUCUCGUUAAACUAUAGCGUCGCCCACCGGUGGGCAACAUCGCCUCGAAAGGGUUAAUGCCAGAGCUAACACUGACGUCAUCUCGGAGCUGGUGUAGAUUUUCUGAAUGAUUUCCACCUUUGUUCAAACAUUUCGGCUAUGACUUUAUUGACUAGUAAAAUGGUGUUAGUUCAGCUGCUACAGAUAGUCUUGUCACAAGCAAGUGUCUAAAAACAGGAUGAUUAAUCUGGCUGCCAGAUUCUACAGGAAAAACGUUUAGAAUCCGGCUGUUAAAAUAUUCUGGAAAUUCGAUAGGGGCCUAAUAAAAGAGUUCUUCGAUCGAAAUUCUCAUAAAUUCCAAUGGGAUCCAAUCGGAGCGAUCUAGAUUCGAUGGAAUAAGUGUUCUCUGAGCCUAGGAGAUCCACAUACAAGAUGUCUAUAUACUAUUAGCAUGAUCGAACUCGUUCUCAAAACUAUUUGUAAAUUAUUUGGUAACUUCUAGAUUAUUAUAUCAUUUUGAGCGAUUACGUUGUCUACAAGGAUGCAACAUUUGAAUUCUCAUGUAAAAAAAAAGUUAAUGGAGUUUCUUGUCAAAUCUUGUUAUAUGGGUCGUCUCGAGAUUUCAAUUUGAACUAAGACUAUCUAAAACUGAACUGAGUUCUAUUCUGUCCUACCACAUAUAUAUUGAAUAAUUUUUGUUGAUAUUUAGCCAUUAAAUAUAACUGUUAUCUAGGUUAUCAAAUUGUUAUUGAUACACGAGAUUGUCUUAUUGAUGUACUUGAAAAUCAUUAUUAAAAAAUUACAACAAUGUGCUUAUGUUCUUAUGGAUGAAGCUGAUGUUAAACGUAUUCUUGAAUAUUUACCAGUUACAAAUCAACAACCAGAUAAUGAAGUUGUAGAAGAUACAAGAUAA